AUGCAUGUGCUGGUGUGGCUGUCGUACCAGUCAGCAAGAGUCCUGGCCACAGUCCUGGGUGUGCUUUUGGAGUGCGCAGCCUUGUCAGGGCGGGGCAGGGCGCACAGGAGGCUGAGAGGGAGAGUGGUGUGGAGCGUGUACGGACACGGUGCGAGAGGAGUCAGCUGGUGGAAAAGUGCAGGCAAAGUGCGCGGUGACAGUGAAUGUGGAGGCUCUCGGAGGGGACACCUUGAGGACAGCGGAAGAACGAGUUUUGGACCAGGAGAUCCAGAGGAACGCCUUCAGCUGCGGCCACAACUGGACCUGUGUCUUGUGCCUUUUAUUCCCCGCUCCUAUACCGAGUCUCCCCCCGCAAUUACUUCCUGCAUCACUCUAACUACCAGACGAUGA